AUGUCUUUGACUUUCAGCAAGGAUGAACUUUUAAGUUAUUCAAUAUUGACUUUAACAAUCUGGUGGAGCCGGAUAAGGUCCGGGUGUGAUUUGAAGGCAUUGUGCUUCUGUCAUUAUAGCUUGAUGGUCUUGCAUGGCGACAUGUGUUUGCAGUACAAACACAUCUGCGAGCUGUUGUUCAGUGUUCAGAUUGUCUUGGCUCUGGAGACAGUAAGACUCUUGAAUCCCCCUAAGGAGCCUGUUCUGGAUUACACUCUGGAGGUUUUAUAUUCUUGUGAUGUACCCGCCAUCAUAGAACUGGACUGUACAGUGACUUUCGACAUUGGUGACAGUUCCAUGUUCCUGCUGAAGCGGUGGCAUUGCAUCCCAGAAAAACCCAGAAAAAAGAUUUUAAAGUUGAGCUUCCCAGAUUGGUUGGUUUACAGACCGGAUGGGAUUGUCUCGGAGUCUCGGUGGGUGUUGAUCUGCAUCCUGAGAGCAUCCCUCAGGAACCAGAAAGUCGACAGCGGAAGGUUGUUGCUCGCAAAACAACACGUUGCAACUUUACAGCCUCGGUCCAUCUACAGUCGGCCUGUCAAACAGCAUCGACUCUGUUUUGCUUGGAGUGCCAGAAUGCUGUCAUUUGUUCGAAACCUUCCAAGGAAACAAUGCCCCGUGGAGCAAGAAACAGUACCUUUGCUGUCUUCAAUAUUCGCCUCGACGGGAGAAAAUUUUGGUAUCAUCAAGAAUCUUGAGCCCUACAACAGCGAUGUUCUGGAGUACCUGCGCGGUCGAUCCCUCACUUUCCCUUGGUCCACGUUCUCCGUCUGGAUAUUGGUAACACGACACUGCCGGGAAAGUUUGUGCGGAGUAUUUCACCACAUUGACUCCCAGAACAACUUUGCCACACCUGUUCUUCUCCUUACUCAGUCAGGCCAACUGCAUGUCCAAUUGCAUGGAGAGCCAGGGGAAUCCACCGCUUUCCUGGUCCAGCACGAGGUGCCUUUAGAGGAAUGGUGUCGAAUCACCAUAAUGUUACAAGGCAGAGAGGUGACGAUCACCACAGUGUGCUUCGGCAAAGAGGGUAGAACUGUGAAAUCAACAGAGAAGAGGCUCAGUCACGACAUCAGACUGAAUGACACCGAUGGAUAUUUUGUCAUUGGAGGUGGGAGAUACAUGAAAGGUGUCGAAGGUUACUUUGGACCAUCGCUUUACUACAGGAAUAGAGUGUUGCCUCAAAGCCCUUCAGAAGUCUGUCUUCCCGCUGUCAUCCGAAAACUGGAUCUAACUGGAUGGAUGGACACCUGUCGAGAACUUUCUCUCCAUGUAAGCCAAAGCAUACGGUUCUACUCUCUCCUGGCCAAGCAAAACAAAGACUCAGCCAACAGUUUGGAUGAGUUUGACAUUGUGAAACGAAAAGAUAAAAUGAAGAAGUGUGAGUUGUGGGAAGGGGCGGUUCCGCGAUAUGUCACCAAAAUUGCAAAGCAUCUGACUUUCAAGCGUGGUGGAGGAAGUGUCAGCCCUCAAGCCGUGGGCCGUACACUGUAUCACCUGUCGCUUCACAAACUGCGUGGAGGGAGUGAAAUGCUAGUCUUGGGUCAGAUAUUACCUAUGCUCCUUAAAGCCGGCUGCUUGGGUAACACUGCAGCUCUGCAUAUUUCCUCAGUCCUCUACAGCAUAGGUCAGGGGGUGGAGAAAGACCACAGUAAGGCAUGGCUGCUGGCCCUGUUGGCGGCCCAGAAGGACCAUCGGCUAGCUCUACUGCAACUAGGCCACCUGCACCUUCAGGGACUCCACGGGGUCUUCCCGGAUGAGGAUGUUGCCUAUGCAUACUACGCCAACAUUGCCAAACAGACCACGCUGGACCGACAUAAGCCCUCAUCACAUCAGGUGUAUGUUGAAAACAUUUACCUGCAUGAUGAUGAGAUCCUCGAACUUCAGACCAAUGAACACCAUCACAUCUUCCAGUGGCUGGAGCAUCAGGCGCAUCAGGGUGUCCCCGAUGCUGAAGAAUCCCUGGCUCGCAUGCUUUUCUGGGGGCAGCAGGGAGUGUCACCCAACAUUGAGGCAGCGAUGAGGCACUAUGAGCGAGGGGCAGUCAACCUCCAAAACCCUGCUUCCAUGUAUGACUUUGCUAUCGUCCUUCUGCAGGGACAUGGGGUUGAAAAGGACAUUCCCAAAGGUGUCAAGUUCCUGCAAAAAGCAAUGGACAAGGGUUUUGUCCCUGCCCUGAGUGCCAUGGCCUGGUAUUACGAGCGCUUUGAGCAGGACUACAAAAAGGCAGUGGUGCUGUGGGAGCAGGCGGAUGUCCUCGGGAACGCUGACGCUGCUCUCAACCUCGGAGUUGUGUACUUGCUCGGGCUUUACCCAGGCAGAGACCCUGACCUGUACAUGGCCUUCCAGUACUUUCUAAAGGCUGCAAAGCAAGGACACAUCAGGGGUGCGGUGGAAGUCGCAGGCAUCUGGUCCACUGGGCUUUCCGGUCGUGUCAGUCGCAGUCCGUCGGAUGCUGUCUUAUGGGCAAAGUGGGCAGCUGAGCAAAAUGGAUACCUGGGCCGGCUGCUACGGCAAGCUCUGGAUGCCUUUCUGAAACGUGAUCUGUUCAGCUCACUGUUCUAUUACAUGAUGGCUGCUGAACUGGGUGUCGCGGUUGCCCAAUUUAAUGUGGCGUAUCUGUGUGAUCAAAACAAGGGGAAUUUCCUUGAGCCUAGUUUUGCACUAAACUGCAAGAGAAGAUAUUAUAACCUCACAGUCCACAAUCAGAAGCCCGACUCUUAUGCAAUGCUGAGGAUGGGUGACAUGUGGUACGGCGGACUUGUAGACGGCCACAAGAGAUUGGCAUCUGCUGCCGAGAUGUACAAACGGGCUGCGCUGAGGAAUGAUCCACAGGGAUGGUACAACCUGGGGUUGCUCGUCGAAGAGGGCUACAGGCUACAAAUGCCACUGCUCAUUGAGCUCGGCCUUGCUCAGUUCUACUCAGAACAUGACUUCGAGCUUCAAACUGCUUUGUACAAAAGGUGUCGAGAUUCUGAGAAUUUAGACUCCUACCUGCCCUGCAGCCUGGCUCUCGUCAAAGUGUAUCUACAAGUUUAUCAAAAGGAAUAUAGUGCUACGAUUAAGUACGUCACCACGAUUGUCGCAGCUGCGCCGGUUGUCCUACUGGUCCUCGGCCUCAUCGCUCGACGUGCCUUAACUCAAAGCUAA